AUGUCUACUACACUUUUAAUUGAAAAAAGAUAUAGAGCUUACUCACGUUGGAAACGAUUUAAGACACCUGAGCUCAAAGAAGAAUUUUGUAGAGAUAAAAUGCAAGUAAAUCCUCAAAUUAGAAAGGCUAAAUCUGAAUAUUAUGCCAAUCGUUUUGGUAACACAAUUGAUGGUAAAAGUAAAUGGAAAACCAUACGUGAAAUUGAUCAAUUUAUUAGAUAUGUAGACAGUAUUGUCGAGUUCGAAGCAGAUUUGAACAACAACGAGUAUCCACUGACUUCGCAUCAUGCUCUCGAAGUACAUCGUUACGAGCUUAAGUCAAACUGGAGUCGAGUAAAGGUAGCUUACGACAAAUUCUUACUUGAAGCCGAAAAAGAACACGAUAAUACUGAUGAUCCCUUAGAUUUAGAAUCAUUCAAAACGAAGUAUAAGAGGACUUAUACAACAUACUGCAACUGUUUGACGAAAUUGUCCGAAAUGUCAGAUGCACUUCAUGACCGAUCCACACACCGUCCCGAGUUGGUUCUACCUCUGGAUAAUAUUCCUGUACGUCCAAGUACGUCUCGCGAACUUGAGACCCAUGAUGCCUAUCCUUCCGAAACACAUGGGCUUCAUUUACCUCCCAUCGAAAUCGAAACAUUCAACGGUGAUUAUGCUUCUUGGCCCACCUUCCGUGACCUGUUCACGGCGAUAGUUUCUAAUUCCAGGGCAAGUAAUGUUGAGAAAUUGUUUUUCUUAACCCAGAAGACAAAAGGUGAGGCGAAAGAAAUUGUACAACAAAGUCCUCUAACUAAUCAAGGUUUCGAUUUGGCGUGGAAUAAUCUGUAUCCUAAGUUCUACUCCAGUUCAAAGAUCGACAUGUUGAUCGGAGGAGAUAUUUUCCCACUAAUUGUUCGCUCGGGGACUAUGCAUAAUGUGUGUCAGUCCCUGUUAGCCCAAGAAACCAUAUUCGGAUGGAUUCUAACGGGCCCUGUUUCUCGCCAAUCCAGCCCAACUUUUACAGUCAAUUCGCAUUUCUGUGAAAUUUCCUUGGAUAAGGAAAUUUCACGUUUUUGGGAGGUGGAGAAUCUUUCGAAAAAGAACUUUAUGUCUCCAUCUGAUAAAACUUGUGAGGAAUUGUAUCUUCGAACUACGAAGAGAAAUGCCAACGGAAGAUACGUAGUUUCACUUCCAUUUAAAGAAUAUUUUCCUAAAUCACUGAAUAUAGGUCACUCGAGAUCCAGUGCCAUGGCACAGUUCUUUCGUAACGAGGCAAGACUAGUUCGAAAUCCAGAUUUUAAACUUCAAUAUGACAAUGUAGUCCAAGAAUACGAGGAGCUUGGACACAUGUUCAAAGUCGAUUCAUCGAAUCUUUCAGACAAUCCUAAUGUUUAUUACCUUCCUCACCAUGCGGUUAUCAAACCCGAUAGUGUCACAACGAAAGUUCGCGUAGUGUUCAAUGCCUCUGCUCCUUCAUCGAAUGGGCAAAGUUUGAAUUCUUUGCUCCACGUAGGACCUGUUCUACAAAAUGACCUAACUAUUCUUAUCCUAAGAUGGCGUUUUUUCCAAUUCGUAUUCAAUGCCGACAUUCAAAAGAUGUAUAGGCAGAUUUUAGUGAACCAAGAACAUACGCCAUACCAAAGAAUCUUGUUCCGAAGUAAUCCAAAUCAGCCUAUUUGCGAUUAUGAAUUAAAAACUGUCACAUUUGGGGUUAAUUGCGCGCCGUAUCUUGCUAUUCGAACCCUACUUCAGUUGGCUGAUGAUGUCCAAUCCACUUAUCCGAUUGCUAGUUCUAUAUUGCGGAAUUCAAUGUACGUAGAUGAUGUUCUUGCUGGAACUCACACAAAAGAAGAGUCCAAUUCUAAAGACAUUAUAGCAGACAUUCCACUAGAUCAUCUCCUUCAUGAGGAUUUCUUAAAAUUCGAAGAUAAUAGCUCCACAAAAACCUUAGGCAUCCGAUGGAACGCGUGUUCGGAUGAGUUCUACUUUGUGGCAGAUACAUUUCCGGAGCUUUCGAACUUCACGAAGAGGGAAAUUCUAUCUCAAAUCGCCAAAUUGUUUGACCCUGCUGGGUGGUUAGCACCCUGUAUUGUUCUUGCUAAAAUGUUGAUGCAGAAGAUCUGGAUGGAGGGUACUGGCUGGGACGAAGUCAUUACUCCUGACACACUUCAGCAAUGGAAAACAUUUCAAUCGAACUAUACUAUUAUUAAUACAAUUCGUAUUCCUCGAUGGAUUAACUAUUGUCCUAAAGCCGAAAUCCAAUUCCAUGGAUUCUGCGAUGCUUCUGAAAAAGCAUAUGCAGCGGCACUUUAUGUUCGAAUAGCAAAUGAUAAUUUCGUUUCAACCCACCUUAUUUCAUCCAAAACCAAAGUUGCUCCUAUUAAAACACUUUCUAUUCCGCGAUUAGAACUUUGUGGUGCAGUUCUCUUAGCAGAGAUGGUGGAAAACUUGGUACCGACUCUAGUUGCAGAAAAUUAUUCCGUUUUUUGCUGGACAGAUUCAACCAUCGUCCUAUCUUGGUUAGCCAAACCACCGUGUAAUUGGUUAACAUUUGUGGCAAACAGAGUAUCAAAAAUUACUCAAGUCAUCGAAUACUCCAAAUGGAACCACGUCAAUUCAGAAACGAAUCCAGCAGAUAUUGCCAGCCGUGGUGUUUAUCCAGAGAAUCUGGUAAAUAAUGAACUAUGGUGGUUCGGACCACACUGGCUCAGGAGUGAAAGAAGUCAAUGGCCAAGAUUAGAUUUGUCCAAAAUUACGGAAACUAUCCAAGAAGUUAAGCCCGUAAAGGUACAUUUUUCCUAUUUCUCGAACUUUGACGAUUUGUUGGAACGGUUUUCUUCUUAUAACAGGGCCAUGCGAGUAUUGGCUUAUGUUUACCGGUUUUAUUAUAGAACACAUAGACGUUACCGUUCUAGUUUCGUUAAAGAUUCAACAGUUCUUUCAAGCUCUGAAAUCAUUUUUAUCCGAGACAAACUCAUUUCCGUUUGUCAAAAAGCAUGGUAUCCUAACGAGUAUAAAGCACUCUCUGCCAACCAAAUUCUUCCAAAAUCCAGCAGUAUUCUGAAUUUGAAUCCCUUUUUGGAUCCAGAAGGAAUAAUUCGCUCCUGUGGACGUCUAGAAUCUUCCCCCGGACUAACCUACAAUGAAAAACAUCCAAUAAUCAUACCAUAUAACGCACAAUUUUCAAAGCUUUUGGUCAAAUUUGUUCAUGACGUAAGUUUGCACGGAGGAAACCAACUAGUACUGCGUCUGCUGAGGACACAAUAUUGGAUUCCUAAGGCAAAGAAUUUAAUAAAAUUCACGAUUAAUAAAUGCAAGACAUGUAUUGUAUACAAGAAGAGGUGUCAGCAGCAAAUAAUGGCGGCUCUGCCGUCCGAAAGAGCUGAAAUCACUCGUCCCUUCACACAUACGGGCCUUGACUUCGCGGGGCCCUUUGAUGUCAAAAGCUAUUCGGGUCGAGCAUGUCGUAUUUCGAAGGGAUAUGUAUGUGUCUUUGUAUGUUUUUCAACCAAAGCCAUCCAUUUAGAAGCCACUUCAGAAUUAUCCACGCAGGCAUUUCUAGCGGCCUUUAGCCGUUUUGUUGCACGUCGAGGUUGUCCGCUUCAUCUACAUUCAGACAAUGGUAAAAACUUCGUUGGGGCUUCUAAGGUGUUGGCAAAAGAGUUUAUUCAAACUUCCCAGCAGCGUAUAUUGGCCAACUACGCUCAUCAAAAUAUUUCGUGGCAUUUCAUUCCAGCAGGACCUCCACACAUGGGCGGAUUGUGGGAAGCAGGUGUGAAAAGCUUCAAAACGCAUUUCCGAAAAAUCACUGGUUGUUAUAAAUAUACAUUCGAAGAAUUGUCCACGCUUCUUUCUAAAAUUGAAUCGUGCCUGAAUUCCCGUCCAAUUUCACCGAUUUCAACAGAUCCAUCUGAUACAUGCGCCUUAACCCCAGGACAUUUUCUUAUUGGAACUCCGAUUCUAGCUCCAGUCGAUCCCCAGGUCACUGAUAUCGCAAUUUCCAUAACAAAUAGGUGGCAAAGACUGAAACUAAUCCAUCAAAACUUUUGCAGCAGAUGGAAAAAUGAAUACUUGAAGGAAAUGAACAAACGAACAAAAUGGCAGCGACCUGAACUCAAUAUAGAAAAAGGCGUAAUGGUAGUUAUUAAAGAUGAGAAUCUCCCUUCGAAUUCUUGGCGCCUUGGCCGAGUUGUGAAAACUUAUUCUGGUUCAGAUCAUCGAGUCAGAGUAGCUGAUGUCUUGACUCAACGCGGGUUAAUAACUAGGCCGAUUGUCAAGCUCGUAAUACUCCCCACAGAAUCUUAG